GUCAUCGGAAAUUAUACCAGCUCGGUCGUCGUUCGGAUUACCAAGGCCCGCAUAAGUUGUUGUUGGGGGGAGGGGGCUGUCAACGAUCUAGGACCUGCUCACCGCUUUCUGACAGCCGGCGGUGUAGCAGCGCAGCAAUGCCUGCCGAAGAUCGACGAAACGACGACGAAGAUUCUGGUCAGCAGCGCAGUCUUUAUCCAAGCAUUGGAGCAGGUGGAGAAGUUCAAGUGUCUCGGGGUUGUGUUUGUUGGUGAUGAAAAAAUUGAACAGCCGACUGCCCGGUGGAUUGGAGUGGCCAGCGGCGUUUUGUGCGAACUAACCCGAACCACUGUGACUAAAGCUGAGCUGAUUCUGAAGACUAAGCUCUCGGUAUUCGAAUCGAUUUCUAUCCUCAUGCUUACCCACGGUUAUGAGUCGUGGACCAUGACUAAAAAGCUUCGAUCCCGGAUAGAAGCGGCUGAAAUGGGCUUUUGA